AUGUUGAAAUUGUUAGAAAAAGCCCUAAUUAUACUCUCAAGUCUAAAUACAGAAAAAAUAGAAGAUGGUGAAGAAGUAGCAGUAGAAAAAGCCCUAAUCGGAGGUGGUCCUGUUCUUCAUUGUUUCUUCGAUGUUGAAAUUGUUAGAAAAAGCCCUAAUCGGAGGUGGUCCUGUUCUUCCUCCCACCACGAUUCCCAGCUUUUGUUCGCCGGAACACCGAUUCCACCGUGGUUUCUGAUCCACGCUGACCAGUCGUCCCAGUCUUCAACGAUUUUCUGCCAUUCAAAUCCGGAUGGGUUGAAAAGAAAAGGGGCGAACAGCCACGACACGACUAGGAACCACAUUGAGAUGGUUAGGUGGCUCUGUUUAGGUUCAAUCGAUUGUCCUACUCCAUCCAUGUCACUUUCUUGGCGGAUUCAGUUAGAUUCCCUUGACCUUCGAAUUUCUGGACCUUAUUGUUCUGUUCCAUUUCCAAAUACCGUUGAUACGGUAAAAAUCCAUGAGGAUUUGGAGAUAAUACUGACAUGUUUGUUGUUUUGGCCGCCGCCCACCAGAAAAGUCAACCUAGGAUGGGCUUCAUGCCCGUUAAUGGUACUUAAUCAUCUAUCAGGUCAACUUUUUCAGAACUUUUAUGCAUUAAAUGACCGCUUUCUAUGCCGAUUUUCCUGGUAUGAAUUACAAUGGAAUCGGAGUUCUCUAUUCCAUUUCAUUCAAACAAUCUUUCUUUUCUUUCCAGACAUGAUUAAAGGCAUGUUUUUGGCUGUAGUUAUUGGACCACCUGUUGUGGUUGCCAUCAUUUUAAUAGUACAGGUAUUAUUCUAUCUCUGA